UUUCUUUUCUAUUCUCUGGGAUUCCAACUCACAUUAGUAGCGAUAAUGAUCUUUGAUUCCGUUGGGAAACGUUCGCUGCGAGGCUUGGCCAUAGAGUAAACUUCUUUAUUUCCCGGAUUGAAUUGAUGGACUGUUGGGGAUGAUGGAAUGGGUCAGCUGAAGAUAGUUUCCGGAGGGAUUCAACUGACGGGCCAAGCGAUGGUUCUGGACAUCUUACGAGCUUCCUCGAUACGGUCCAAACACGGGCAGCCCAUUUCUAUUGAGUCUUCGCGCAACUUUAGUGUUAACACACGUGAUUCCGAGGGAUACUUGGAGAAUCAACUAUUUCUGGGUCACGAUCGAUUAGAAGUGCUUGCUAAUCACUUUCGGGUAGCGGACAGUCAUGGUACCUCACUGUUUUCGGUGGAUCGGGACGAGGUCACCAUAGGAGCAGGUUCUCUUAGAGUCGAGGGAGAAGGUGGAGUCAUAUUCAGAGAUUCAAUCCAAACUCCACUGGUCCGGGCGGAAGCCGGCAAGGAUUUGAAGUUGGAGUCACCAACGCGAUCUCUAGAGGCACGUGCUACUCAAGAAAUAUUUAUGCAAUCACGAGCCGGAAGCAUCGAAGCCAACUGCCUCAACGAUCUCAAGCUCCAUUCAGUGGCGGGCAGUAUUCGCCUGGACGCCAGUACAAUUAUCAUGCCCAACCUCAGAACCGUUCAAGCUCCUUCGUCUGCAGCAUCAGGGUCAUCACGCGAUCACGGUCCUGGAUCGGCCUCCGCAUCGUCAUCGCACACCAAAAUCUAUCAACUGUGUGCCUGCUCCAACGGGAAAUUAUUUCUCGCUCCUGCCCACAGCAUAUGUACCGCAGACGACAGCGCUAUCUGUAGGUAAUAUACCUUUCAGGCACUCUUUAUAACAACAGCCUCAUCAACCCGUCACCAAAUGGUAGCCUAAUAGCGUGUAGUGUACCCACAAAGUUAGAUAGUCUCAAUGAAGUGUAAAUAGAAACAAAUUUUGCUGAAAGCGAACACACUUGUUUUUUCUCGCAAACGUUAGGUCAUCUAGGAAAAAGUCGAUUUCGAGAAGUAUGAAGCAAUUGUUAAUGGAACUUGUUACGUUGUUUAAGUUGGACUCUCUGUUGUAUGAUUUUUUAUAAUUGGUGAAAAUCGUCUGAAAAUCAAUGGUUACAUGUUCGGAAAUCAGAAAUUUAAAUAAUUAUAUUUCAUCUCCAAUCUAGAUCCUUCCCAUCUAGUGGAUAACCUGUGAAAUAACAGAGCUUAUAGUCGAUCAAAUUAGCAAACUAAACCUGGUGCAAACGUGUUUUAGAGGAUACAUCAUAGUUUGGGCUCAAAUUAAUCAAAAUGAAAUUUGAUUCGGACAAGUACUAGGACAUAACAACAAAAAAUAACUUCAAUAUAAACGAGUAACAGCACAAGGUUUAGCCAGCUUUAGAGGAAGGUAGUUGAAUAAAAUACGCAAAGCAAAAAUAAAAUUCUGCAAAGUCGCCAAUUAAAAGGAUAAUCGAUAUGAGUACGGUUAGUUGGGGAGUGAACAGGGGAGGGGUUUAGUAUUUCAUAAAAAAUAUACAUAUCAUAUACAGUAACAAAUAAGGCACUGGAUAAAAAUGCUAAUAAAUCAUUUGAAAUGGA